AUGAAACACAAGAAGACAUCACUCGAGACCACAGUUGACGGCAAUGAAAACAACAAUCAACAGCCCCAAAUCUAUGCUAAAGACUCUUUGGAUCGUUUUGGCGAUGAUUUAUUUGCAAUCAUAUUAUCUUAUCUCACAAUUGAAGACAGUUUUGCCUACGAAUGUGUGUCUAAACAGUUCCAGAGGACAGUCUUUGACGGUGUUGUAAACAUCACUCUUAGCGACCGAUUUAUUAGAGAAAUAACAAAAGGAAUGAUAAUUCAAACCCAAUUGUUGGCCACAAUCGCUAUUAAGCUUUCAAACAUUCAGACCAUCGACUUAAGAGGAAUAACCAGUGCUAGUGUUGAACACAUUCCCGAAGUGUUGAACACAUUUCGAGACAAUUGUCGACAUUUGCGGGAAAUAUACAGCGAUUUAAUUUCUCCACAAGGAAUCCAAUGGAUUCGACCACUUGUCACACGUAUGUCUAUAACCACUUACUGGAUGUCUUCAGUGGCCAAACAAUCGCUCAUUCAUUGCCACCGAUUGUCACAAUUAAGAGUUAAGUAUUUGUCGGCUGUCGUCGACACCACUAAUGGACAACUAUUGGCAAAGAAUUUAAGUCAUUUUGACUUCAGUCACAAUUCCGGACUGUUAUCAGCGUUUGUGGCACAGAAUCUGUGCCUCAAAAGUCUUGUCGCCCGCGAUAUCUUCGACACAGACGACACACUCAACAAACAAUCACAACAAUUGUCACAAUUAACACAAUUAAGGCAAUUGACGCUUCAUUUAUAUCUAACAUCACGCGAUAACUCAUUGAACGACUUUUUGCGUACAAUUGGCUUAAAUUGCAAACAAUUGAAACGAUUGUCACUUGAGAUCAUGAGUUCAGGCCGAGCGCCACUCAAUUCGCAAUCAUUUGAGUCGUUGGGAUGUUAUCGUGGAUUAACGCGAUUACAUUUAACGCUUAUGACACUUGACAUUAUGGUAAACGUAACCGAAUUGCUGGAACCGUUGACACUCUGCCACCGAUUAACACAUUUAACACUCGAUAUCAAACCGUUUCAGUCCAAUGAAUAUUUCCUAAUUAAUUGUGACAAACAUUGGCCACGACUUCAGUACUUAUUCAUCAAUAGUAUUCACAUCAGCCGCGAGUGUUUGGCCCACAUCUCGAGACUACCGGCGCUCAACACACUUAUCAUACAAUAUUAUAUGGCACAACAGAUGAAACACAAGAAGACAUCACUCGAGACCACAGAUGAAGGCAAUGAAGACAACAGACAACAGCCCCAAAUCUAUGCCAAAGACUCUUUGGAUCGUUUCGGUGAUGAUAUGUUUUCAAUCAUCUUAUCUUAUCUCACAAUUGAAGACAGUUUUGCCUACGAAUGUGUGUCCAAACAGUUCCAGAGGACAGUCUUUGACAGUGUUGUGGACAUCACUCUUAACGACCGAUUUAUUUGUAAAAUAUCAAAAACAAUAUCAAUUGACACCCAAUUGUUGGCCACAAUUGCUAUAAAACUUUCAAACAUUCAGACCAUUGACUGUCGAGGAAUAAACACUGCAUACGAAGAACAAAUUCCCGAACUAUUGAACACAUUUCGAGAUAAUUGUCGGCAUUUACGGGAAAUACACAGCGAUUCACCGCAAGUGGUCCAAUGGAUCCGACCUCUAGUUAGACGUAUGUCUAUAAACACAGUCUCCAUCUCUUCAGUCGCCAAACAAUCGCUCAUUCAUUGCCACCGAUUGUCACAAUUAAGAGUUAAGUAUUUGUCGUAUGUCUUCGACACCACUUCCGGACAACUAUUGGCAAAAAAUUUACAUCAAUUUGACUUCAGUUACAAUAAUAACGAUAAUAACGGACUGUUGUCCGCAUUUGUGGCACACAAUCUAUCCCUCAAAACGCGCUCACACCUCUACACCCACAUCCCAUUCACUGACACUUUAGCCACUGGAUCAGCUUUGGUGAUAGUCCUGAAGUUGUCCAUCACAGCAAAGCAUCUCCUAUUCAUUAGCUUUCGAUCAAAUCACUUUCGGGGCAAAUAA